AUGACAGGCCACUAUCACAUAACGCCGCUUGAUCCUCCGUUUGGUAAGGAUGUCUUGAAAUCGCUCAAACCUGACGGUGAACACCAAGAUAUGAGGAGGAAUCCAGGGCUAGCAUUGAAACAGCUCCUUCCUGCCUCGUACCGAGAAAAUAACGAUAUAGUUAAAGUGCCCACAACCAAUCUGUUUGACAUGCUACGCCAGGAGCUCAGUGUCAAAAGGCUCAACAGAAUCCACAACUACCUCUGGCUAGCCGGAAGACCAAUGCCACCAAGGCCGCUGAACUAUCAAAUCGCCACCUCCCGACAAAUUGUGGUUGACGAGAGACUGGACAUGCAUAUGGUUUGGGAAAAGCCGCGCAGAAUCUUCUUCAAACCAAUCCCGCGGUACUUACUUAGCAACGCCUUCUGGAAGGAGUAUCUCUGUUGCGAGGACGGCCUUGCCGAAUGCCGGGAGGAAGGUACUUGCCCGCGUCUUGAAGUUUAUAGAUGUGCAAUGGGCUUCUUACUCUCGUACACCGCUCUGAUACAAUAUGAGUGUGAUUUUCACAUUGCGCAGGGGCACCAUCUACUCCCCGAGGAGAUUAAAUGGAAUGAGUGGGUCGCCUUGGUGGAGGAGCUACUGGACCGAACGAACCUAAAGAACAUUGAUCGACGAUACUGGUUUGGUGAACUGCGACUGUCCCGUCUCAACAAGAUUUACUUUUUUCUCCUUUGCGAAUGGCGCGGGUAUAAGUUCCCAUACCAGACUUAUUCAGAGCUGUUCCAUGAUUAUUUCGGCCUGCUUGCCGGGACCACAAUAUACAUCGCCUUGGUCUUAACGGCAAUGCAGGUUGGGCUUGGCACAGACACACUCAGGAGCAACACCACCUUUCAGAAUGCGUCCUAUGGUUUCACAGUAUUUUCGAUCCUUGGUCCCCUCAUCUUGGUUCUCUUGAUAUUCGUAAUUAGCUUGGUGAUCUUUGUCUGUAACAUGCGUGAAACGCUGGAUAAAAGGAAGAAACGGUUCGCUGAGCUAUUGCCAUUGUCAAGGGGUCAUAUGCCAUGA